AUGAAAUCGAACUCCUCAGCAACAGAAACAGGAUUGGAGCAGAAUCUUCAGAAUUCGCAAAUCCAAGAAAUUCCUAUUGAUCACUCUCAGCUGGUAGAAAUUACAGUAAAAUCCCACUCAGAAGUUAUUCAGAGUUCUCAGUCCACAAAAGCUGCACCAAUCAUCUUCUCUAGCCAGAAGCUGGGACCUCCUAUCCAGAAUUCUGAAUUGGGAGACAGGAAUCUAACUCUAGAUUCGGUUAAGGGGAAGGAGAUAGUGAUGGCCCAAAAGGCAACUCCAGACUUCAUUACUUUAGGAACUGAAGGAACCAUGGUGGUGGAUAAUGAAGAAUGCACUCCUGAAGGUACAAAGAAAGCUGUGAAUGUCAGGAAAUGGAAGCUAUCAAUCCUGAGAGAUCUCAAAGUGGUAAGCAAGGAGAUUACUGUUCACCAGAUUCUUAGCCAUGACUUCUGUAUGGAGGUGGAGUACUCUUCAGCUCAUAAUACUACUCCAUCUUGGCUUUGUAAACACUGCAAUGCUGGGAUACCCUUAGGUCCCCUCAUUGGGGCUGCAAAGAAUUCAAUUUAA